CCAAAAUUCUGUCCGGCACGACAGCUCUCUCUUUAUUCCCUUUCCAUAUCACCAACGAUCAUUCAACGCUCUUAACCCGAACCCGGAAACCCCAAAGUCCAAUGGCGAGCCUAUGGCGGGCCGCGACGGGCCAGGCGGAGAAGCCCAAUAACUACGACGGCGUGGAGUUCUGGUCGAACCCAGAGCGCACCGGGUGGCUGAUGAAGCAAGGCGAGUACAUCAAGACGUGGCGCCGCCGCUGGUUCGUGCUCAAGCAAGGCAAGCUCUUCUGGUUCAAGGAAUCCACUGUCACCCGCGUCUCUACGCCACGUGGCGUCAUCCCAGUGGCCAGCUGCCUCACCGUCAAGGGCGCCGAGGACGUCCUCAACAAACAGUACGCCUUCGAGCUCUCCACCCGGGCCGAGACCAUGUACUUCAUCGCCGACUCAGAGAAGGAGAAGGAGGACUGGAUCAAUUCCAUCGGACGGUCCAUAGUGCAGCACUCCAGGUCUGUUACCGACUCCGAGAUCGUCGAUUACGAUAGCAAGCGGUGAGACUUAACAAGCCGACUACGGACUAGGUGAGCUCGGUCUUUGUACUUUCGCUCGUGGAUAAUUUGGUGGAUUUUGUGGUGCCUACGUCUAUGCUUUUGUAUAUUGAUUCGGAUCGUUUCGUGUGUGUGAUCUUUUGUAAGAAAACGCUCUCUGUGUGGUAAUGAUCGGUCAUCAGAUCUUCAAUUGCAAUAAUUUUUUGUUUUUUUGA